AAGGAGAACAAUUUUAGCAAAGAAAAUGUUGCCGUCGUUGUUAGGUUUCAAACCCAGGACCUAUUGAAUGGGAAGGGAGCACCAUAUCUCUAUUUCAUUAUAGCGUCACUGUUUCUGCGUUUCGUAAAUGUUUUGUUUUUUUCUAACUGUGUAUUUCUAGGUGGUGCAGGGAACGUCGCAGCGAUUGGUUCUACGAGUGUCCCUACGGGUAACACUGUCCCUACUGUCUCUAUGGGUAGCCCUGUCCAUACGGAUAACACUGUCCCUACGGGUAACACUGUCCCUACGGGUACCACUGUCCCUACGGGUAACACUGUCCCUACUGUCUCUAUGGGUACCACUGUCCCUACGGGUAACACUGUCCCUACGGGUAACACUGUCCCUACUGUCCCUACGGGUAACACUGUCCCUACUGUCCCUACGGGUAACACUGUCCCUAUGGGUACCACUGUCCCUACGGGUAACACUGUCCCUACGGGUAACACUGUCCCUACUGUCCCUACGGGUAACACUGUCCCUACUGUCCCUACGGGUAACACCGUCCCUACUGUCUCUAUGGGUAGCACUGUCCCUACGGGUAACACUGCCCCUAUGGGUACCACUGUCCCUACUGUCCCUAUGGGUACCACUGCCCCUACGGGUAACACUGUCCCUACGGGUAACACUGUCCCUACGGGUAACACUGUCCCUACGGGUAACACUGUCCCUACUGUCCCUAUGGGUACCACUGUCCCUACGGGUAACACUGUCCCUAUGGGUACCACUGUCCCUACUGUCCCUACGGGUAACACUGUCCCUACGGGUAACACUGUCCCUACUGUCCCUAUGGGUACCACUGUCCCUACGGGUAACGCUGUCCCUAUGGGUACCACUGUCCAUACUGUCCCUAUGGGUACCACUGUCCCUACGGGUAACACUGUCCCUACUGUCCCUACGGGUAACACUGUCCCUAUGGGUAACACUGUCCCUACUGUCUCUAUGGGUAGCCCAGUCCCUACGGGUAACACUGUCCCUACGGGUAACACUGUCCCUACAGGUAACACUGUCCCUAUGGGUAACACUGUCCCUACGGGUAACACCGUCCCUACUGUCCCUACGGGUACCACUGUCCCUACGGGUACCACUGUCCCUACGGGUACCACUGUCCCUAUGGGUACCACUGUCCCUAGUGUCCCUAUGGGUACCACUGUCCCUACCGGUAACACUGUCCCUAUGGGUAACACUGUCCCUACUGUCCCUACGGGUAACACUGUCCCUAUGGGUACCACUGUCCCUGUGGGUACCACUGUCCCUAUGGGUAACACUGUCCCUUUGGGUACCACUGUCCCUAUGGGUAACACUGUCCCUGUGGGUACCACUGUCCCUAUGGGUACCACUGUCCCUGUGGGUACCACUGUCCAUAUGGGUACCACUGUCCCUGUGGGUACCACUGUCCCUAUGGGUAACACUGUCCCUACGGGUAACACUGUCCCUAUGGGUACCACUGUCCCUACGGGUAACAAUGUCCCUACGGGUAACACUGUCCCUACUGUCCCUAUGGGUACCACUGUCCCUACUGUCCCUACGGGUAACACUGUCCCUACUGUCCCUAUGGGUACCACUGUCCCUAUGGGUAACACUGUCCCUGGUGACAAUAACGUGGAAGAUAACAGUGCUACUGGCGGUGGCUGUGGCAAUGGCAGUGAUGACGAUGAUGAAGGUGAUGAAGGUGAUGAAGGUGAUGAAGGUGAUGACAGUGAAGACAGUGAAGACGAUGGUGAUGAAUGCGACGGUUGAGGUGACGAGAGCAGCCUACAGUGCGGUAAAAAAUUCGUGGCGCAACUUAUCCUCAAAUAUCUCU